CGCUUUUUGCGUUACAUCACAAACGGCGAGCAUAAAUCGGACGAGCCAUGGCGACUCUCAGUUGGGCGCUGGACGACACAACGCGAGGAAGCACCAUGCGUAUCCGGGGCGGUGCGGAGACACGCGGACGCAGCAACGAGGAGCGAAGCGCCGACCGCGCGCCGUGUGACGGAGCCAUGCGCUUACUACAGCACUGGCGCCUGGCAUGACCUUCAACUAGGCGACUUGGUGGAUGCGCACUUCUCACGUGUCUUACUGCGAAAUCGACUAAUCGUGUGGAGCGGCCCGUUCAGCAACCCGAACUUCUCAAGCAGGACACUUGAGUUUAAUAGUGUUUUAUAGUCAGGAUCAGGAGUUUGGCGCUUUGCACGAGUGGACGUUCGCGCCAGACUCUCCAGGAUUAACACCCGAGAUAACCUCGCGCGCCAAAUCAAAUGGAUAACAUGGAAAACGUGCCUAACUUUCUGGCCAUUUGCGUGCUAUUUUUCGCUCUCGGCUUCCGGAUAGAAGGCGGCUCGUGUCAGCACCACAUAACACCGUACUACCUCCGUCCUAUCCCUAGCGACAUCCUGCCUGUCAGGACUAUCAAUGAAGACCCCGAUCCGUUGCUCGACCCCAAAGAGCGCGACAUGAAUGAGACGGAGCUGCGCAGCAUUCUGGGCACGCACUUCGACGCGCUCUUUAUGUCCGUCGUGACGCCCGAGGACACUGAAAGGACCAUGCAGCAAUUUCAACAGCGUCCCAUGCCCAAAGAGAUCCGCGCUUUGGACUUCGACACGGCGCACGACGCCAAGAAAUACAAGAAGCUGCGCAGGCGCCUCCAGAUGUGGCUGUGGUCGUACGCCUUUUGCCCGGUGGUUUAUGCGUGGCAGGACUUGGGCAGCCGCUUCUGGCCACGCUAUAUCAAAGUGGGCAGCUGCUUCACAGAGCGCUCGUGUUCAGUGCCCGAGGGCAUGACGUGUAAACCUUCCAAGUCUGUUCACUUCACGCUGCUGCGCUGGCACUGCAUUUCCCGGCGCCCAUUCAAGUGCACAUGGAUCCACGUGCAGUACCCAGUCAUAUCCGAGUGCAAGUGCUCCUGUCCGAACUGAACCUGUCUCUCUCUCUUAUCCUGUCUCUCAAGCACUGCCCGAAGUGUACGAAUGUUUCUGCGAUGUAUAUGUGGUGUUAUUUUAACUUGUUUGUUUGUUUGUUUAUACCUUGAAAAAAGAGGUCAGUAUUUACUUAUAUCCAGCGUCUACUGUAUUUGAGCAUACUCUGGGUUAAUGUAUUUAUGUGGAGAAAAUUUCGCGCUGCGAAAAAUUAAAGGACAUUUUUACUGAAGGAACUGUAAGCUUUUUUUUUCCAUUAUUCGGAAAAAAAUAUAUAAGUUUUUUAUAGACCUCAAAUAAAGUAUGAAUUACGGUGUAAUUGUUACAGCUUAAAUGUUACAGCUGUGAAUAUAAAGUGGCAAUAGAGUAAUCAUAAACCUGUAAAUUAAGAGAAACACCUAUUUAUUCUUUAUUUCCAUGUAGUCCAAAGUCAUUUGAAAUAAAACCACUUAAACUGCAUAA